AUGGGGGCAGAGACCGUCGACGGAAGAAACGGACCGGUCAGCCACGGCGACGCUUGGGCGGAAGAAGCAACCUUGGGUCAGAGGGCGUCACUCGACCUCAGGAUGCACCCCCCCGGCCUCGUGCUCGACCCCGUCAAGGCCUCUGACCGUGACCUCUACCGCUGCAGGGUCGACUAUGACUCCUCCCCCACCAGGAACGUCCGCAUCCAGCUCAACGUCGUGGGUCAGUUGGUUCGAUUUGGGGCGUGGGUUGGGGAGGAGGGGGGGGCUGUGAGAGGGUGUGGGUUUGGGGGUGUGGUGCCACCGAGGAGAGUCCAUAUAGUCAACGAAAAGGGCAUGGACGUAAACGGAGUGAUCGGGCCUUACCACGUCGGCGUCACCGUCAAAUUGCAGUGCCGCGCCGAAGGAGGAGAGCCGCGCCCUAGCGUCACCUGGUGGAGCGGAGGCACUCUUCUGGACGACGUGAGCGAGGACAGAAGGGGUGACGUCACGAUCAACACCCUCACUUUGCACUCCAUUGCAAGGCAUGACCUUUACCGCGCCCUCACGUGCCAGGUCAUCAACUCGAACCUCUCUGACCCCAUGACCGCUACAGUCACCCUCGACAUGAGCUUCCCUCCGCUGACGGUGAAGAUCAUGAGCCUCAAGGACGAGCUCUCUGAGGACGAAAAAUACAAGAUUGUGUGUGAAUCGUCCGGGUCCAGGCCUUCAGCGUCUAUUACCUGGUGGAAGAAUGGCAUGCUCAUGACAGACGCCAGGAAGCAGGUAUUUCAAGAAGGGAACAUCACCCGGUCGACCCUCCACCUCAUCCCGUCGCCAGCGGACAACGACGUCUACAUCUCCUGCCGCGCCGAGAAUCCGAGGGUGCCCACAGCUGUUAUUGAAGAUUCUGCCAAGCUCAACGUGCAUUAUACCCCCCGCCUCUCCUUGGCAGCGGGGCAGAACCUUGACAUGGACGAUAUCAAGGAAGGUGACGAUGUGUACUUCGAGUGUGGCAUUCAGGCGAACCCCAGAGUCUACAAGGUUCAGUGGUUCCAUAAUGGCGAGGAACUGAGUCAUAAUGUAUCUGCGGGAGUUAUUCAGAGCAACCAGAGCUUAGUGCUGCAGAGAGUCACUCGGGCAUCUUCAGGAGACUACAAAUGCACGGCAGCCAACCUCCACGGCAGCAGCGAGUCUAACUCUGUUCAACUGAGCGUCAAGUUUGCUCCCUUGUGCGCGGAGGGACAGAAGGUGGUGUACGGCGCAGGCAAACAGGAGGAACUCAAUGUUACGUGCAGCGUGGAGGCCCAUCCCCAGCCCUUCACGUUCAGAUGGGCAUUCAACAGUUCCUCCGAAGUGGUGGACAUCCCCCCGAGCAGGACGCGGCUGGUGGGCGAGGGCGUGAGUCAAGUUUCCUACACGCCCACUUCUCACCUGGAUUACGGAUCUCUCCUGUGCUGGGCCACCAACGACGUCUCCAGGCAGCACACGCCCUGUAUUUACCACAUCAUUCAUGCGACCUCUCCGGACGCAGUGAACAACUGCACGGUGGAGAACGUGAGUUCGACGGGCGCGGCCGUGCGGUGCCAGGCGGGCUGGGACGGCGGGCUGGCGCAGACCUUCACCCUGUCUGUGAGUCACGCCCGCGCCCACACCCGCGGCCAGGACAAGAAGAACGAGGCGCCCCGAGUGCUGGCCAACACGUCGACGUCGCCGCGGCCCGAGUUCACGCUCACGGGUCUGCAGGCCGGCACCGAGUACGUGCUCACCAUCAUGGGCGUCAACAAGAAGGGCCAGAGCGACCCUGUCAGACUCAAGAUUUUCACCCUUAAGGAUAAAGCUGAGAAACGAACUAGCCCCGGUGAGUGAAAGCUUUGUGGUGCAAGACUUGCUUUGGCACACAUCUUGGCUGUCGUCCUGGGCGUGGUGGUGACGCUGCUCCUGGUGGGCGUGGUCAUAGUGGUGGUGAUCAGGUCGCGGCGACGAGGCCCUCAGAGACCCGAGGUGAAGAUGGUUUACGAUAAGGGCUCCUCGGGGUCGCCUACAGGACGGGGUCAGGAAACCACCACGGACAGCGAGGAGGCGAACCCUGACGUCAUUCCCGUUAAUGACGCCAUUCUGUUGCAUUUGCAGCUGAAUCAUUGCAAAGCAUUUGCUUACUCAGUCACUGACGAUGUGUCCUGCUUCAUGCAUUCAGUGUACAGGGAUAUUCAGAUAAACAAGGCCAUAGCGCUAGUUACGGUCUUCCAAUCAUUAUACAUCUGCAGGACAAAAGCAUUUUACCGUCCACAUGGGAACCCUUUAUUAGAUUCGAACAACUACACUUUUUGGGUCGACACAGACAUCUCAAGAGACAUCGCACCGCGAAAACCUAAAGCUGCCGUGCCCCCUGGCCCUAAGCCGAGGACGUUACAGAGCUAUGUUAAGUCCUCUUCAGUUCAACACAAACAGAGUCACGCUUCUGUUUAUGAAUCCGAUUUCACUGAUUCCAUGUCCAAUUUCCUCUCGGCAGCACAUCGUGUCAUAUUCAUUGAUCCGUCAUCGACUCGCGCCGAGCUUCACGAAGCUUCGAAAUCCAAGCCGGGAUGGCCGCCGGAAAUGACUCUUAAAACCGAUCGCUCGCGCAAUUGA